AGUCCUCAGUCAAAUUAUUUGCUGAUACACCGAGCCAUGGAGCACAAACUAAUUAGAGUUACCGCUGCAGCGCACGCUUUCACACGACCCGCGUUGUUCUUUAGAUUAUGGCCUGUUUGGUGCCUGUCGGGCUGAUUUCCACCACAACCCUUCCGCAUUUUCCUGCUGCUCUCGGGCUGUGACGUGUCGUGCUGACGGCGGCCUCGGAGCUGGAGGAGCGGGGGGCUGUAGCAUGACAAGAUCUGGCUCGAGACGUCCUGCUUUGCUUUCAGCGGUGCUCCUGAAUCAACCCCUAACCCCUCCUUCUCUUCUCCUCUCCGGCCCGCCCAAAUAACACAAAAUUCCCGACUGAAUCCUGCCCGAGUCUGGGGGAACCAGGCGGCCUGGGAAGCCGAGGAGCGGACAGAGGCAUCCCUGCAGCACGAAUCUGCUGUCCAGUAACAAAUGCAGUGCGAGGACAAUGGAUGAGGAUGUCACCAGGCUUGCAAUACAUUCUGAAGAGCCUAAAAUAAUAUUGCACGGAUCGGAUGAAGGUGGUGCCGGCGGGCAGGAGUUUGUUGUGGAGCUUCAAGAGACUGUGUUGGUGUCAGAAGGCGAAGGGGAAGGCAUGGCAGUUCACAGGUUCGCCCCAGACGAGCUUGUGAUCCAGGAUGCUGUUGAGGAUGUGGUUUCUGAGUACGUGCACUGCGAUGAAGAUGAAGAUGUUGCUGUAGAAACCUGUGUGAUGGCUCUGGACGGUGAGGAGGAAGGUGUUGCCAUGGGAGACAUCCCUGAAGAUGGGCUGGACCCAGAGCAGCAGGAGGACGAUGACCAAGAUGGCUGUGGAGAUUAUCUAAUGAUAUCCUUGGAUGAAGCUGGUAAAAUGGUGUCUGAGGAUGGAACAGAGGUGACAGUGGAAGGAGCUGUGGAGGACCAGGAAGUGGAGAAAGAUGAGGAUGGACAAGAGGUGAUAAAGGUCUACAUCUUCAAGGCUGAUUCUGGGGAAGAUGACAUGGGAGAAUCUGUUGACAUCAGUGACGGGGACACAGAGAACGUAGCGUUAACAGAGUCUUCGGGCCAUACGCUCAGAGAGAAGAUGGUUUACAUGUCUGUCGGGGAUUCUCAUCACAAUCAAGGAAACCACGGUGGGUCCAAGGUGACUGAUGAGGUUUAUAUGGAGGUGGUGGUAGGAGGCGAAGAGCCAGUAACUCACGACCGCUCGUAUGACAGCGUGUCUCUAAGCAAGGACUUCAUGCCUGUGGCCUGGGCAGCUGCUUAUGGUGCAGAAGAUAGUGAGAGUUGUGAGAACCGGAACGGUGCAGCCAGCGCGCUGCUGCAUAUCGACGAAUCGGACGGGGUGGACGAAAUCAACAGACAGCGCAACAAGACCAAGAGGCGGUCAGAGCCUCGACAAGUCCAGACAGCCAUUAUCAUCGGUCCAUAUGGUCAGCCCCUCACCGUUUACCCCUGCAUGCUCUGUGGUAAGAAGUUCAAAUCACGAGGCUUCUUGAAACGCCACACCAAGAAUCACCACCAGGAUGUUUUGACCAGGAAAAAGUACCAAUGCACAGACUGUGAUUUUACCACCAACAAGAAAGCCAGCCUCCACAAUCACAUGGAGGUGCAUGCUCUGAGCAGCAAGGCCCCUUUCGAGUGUGAAAUGUGUGGCAAGGAGUUCCACCAGCAGGCGGCACUAUUUUCUCACAGACUGCAGCACCACCACCGGGAGCCCAAGAGCCAGCCACCUCCACCUCCCACCAAGAUGCAUAAAUGCAAGUUUUGUGACUAUGAAACUGCCGAGCAAGGGCUGCUCAAUCGACACUUAUUGGCAGUUCACAGCAAAAGCUUCCCCCACAUCUGUGUGGAAUGUGGCAAAGGCUUUCGACAUCCUUCGGAGUUAAAGAAACACAUGCGCACUCACACCGGCGAGAAGCCUUACUCCUGCCUGUACUGCGACUAUAAGUCAGCCGAUUCCUCUAAUCUCAAAACGCACAUCAAGACUAAGCAUAGCAAAGAGAUGCCAUACAAAUGUGAGCGCUGUUUCCAGACGUUUGCAGAGGAGGAGGAGUUAAUGCAGCAUGGAUUAACGCACGAGGAGAAUAAGACCCACCAUUGUGCCCACUGUGAUCACAAAAGUUCCAACUCCAGUGACCUGAAGCGUCACAUCAUAUCUGUUCAUACCAAGGACUAUCCCCACAAAUGCGCCGUUUGUGGGAAAGGCUUCCACCGGCCGUCUGAACUGAAGAAGCACUCGGUAUCCCACCGUACUAAGAAAGUCCAUCAGUGCCGGCACUGCAACUUUAAAAUCGCAGACCCCUUUGUUCUCAGUCGCCACAUCUUGUCAGUCCACACAAAGGAGCAACAGGCCUCACCUGAAAAGAGUGAGACCAAGAGGACAGAAACGCACACUCCUGCUGUGACGCCGAAAAAGUCCGGGCCCAGCGGGUCGAGCAGCUCUGGUCCGCCGGCAAGAGUUAGCGCGGCCAGCUUAGCCAGCAGCGUGACUGUAGUUAUUGGCAAAGGACAAAAAGAAAGGCGGAUUUACCAGUGCCAGUACUGCGACUACAGUACCGGCGACGCGUCGGGUUUCAAGCGCCACGUGAUUUCCAUUCACACAAAGGACUACCCGCACCGCUGCGAGAUCUGUUCGAAGGGCUUCCGACGACCCUCGGAGAAGAACCAGCAUAUCAUGCGUCACCACAAAGAUGUGGUGCAGGCAGAGUGACUCUGACUGAGCCAAAUACUGUGCCACAGCAAAGAACAAUGUUGAAGCAUCCGUCAGACCCCGACCACCGCGCCCUCGGCACGUCGCCAUUCACAUUGAAGUAGUGCGGAGUGUGUGUGCUGCACUCGGUCCAUUCUGUUGUUUUGCUCUUUUUAAAUCCUCGGCCUACUGUUUGUUCAGAUAUGUAUACACGUGUAGAUAACAUUAAUGCUCUGUCAGAGUUAGCAAACCAAGCCCCUCUGUAGACUCGCACUUUUAACUGCAUGUCCCUUGGUGGUGACAGUGUGCAUGGCAGAUUGUGCAGAUGUCUCUUUGUAGAUACACUUUUUUUUUUUUUUUUUUUAACUUUUGCAAAUAGCAAUCAGUUCUCAAUCAGAAUGGUCCUAAUUAUUUGUCUUAAAAACAGAUGUGUAAUUUUAAAAAUGUUUGCAUAAUUUUCUUAAAAUGUAUUUAACAGCAGUUUGGAUUAACAACCUGUUUCCAGUAGCACUUGGUAAAAAAGCGCGUGCGCGUGUGUGUGUGUGUGUGUGCGCGUGUGUGAGUGGGAGAGAGAGAAAGAAACAGAGGGAGCUUGAGGGACAAAAAAAGCAGCGCAGCCGUUGUGCUUCCUUUGCUCUGACCCGACCACUUUGUAACAUAAUGCUUCCUGGUGCGUUGACUAAACUCACAAAUACAGGCAGAGGGGGAGUCACUCUAAGCUUCGUCGGCAGGGGGUUUAUGCUCAUUGAUUUGCUACAAAAACACAGUGAGAAACUGGAUGCAUCAUGUUGGUGAAUAAGGUUUCACACGUGCACACAAAUCCGAACCCUGUCACUUGCCCUCAAUGCUUGGUUAUCAAAUGUCCAAUAUUUCUGUUACAAGUCCAAAAGCGUACUGUACGUUGUUCAGAACAAGUGCCCAAAGCUGUAGAGAUGACACCCUCACUAACAGUAUUAUUUUUAUUUUUUUAUUUUUUUUUUUAAAAUUAACGCAUUAAUGCUUUCUCGGAAGUGAAAUCCUUUUAAUUUGACAUGACUUUUUCUUUUCUUUCUUUUUUUUUUUUUUAAAUAUGUGAAGAGAGGAAAAUGUUUCCUCCUCAAUUUCUUUUGAAAACUGAUGAACUGUUCAUAAAAAAAAUUUUUUUGUAACGAUUGACAUAUCUUUUAAAUCACUGAAAAAGGGUAAUCUGCAAGUAUCAGUAUGCUACCAAUGUUAGACUGGGUUAUAAAAAAUAUGCCAGAUCAGUGUCCUAAUAUAAGUGUCUGGUCUAAAUGAGAGUUGAAUAGUAUAUCUGGUGCUGCUGUUAUAAAACUAAGGACUGAACUCUGAUUUCUCCUACACAGAUGUACUUUUGCCUGUAGAAAGGGAAACAUGUAUAUCUUUUUAGAUGCAACUUCAGAAGACAGGUGCUGGUGGUGUACAUGUACUUUUGGCUUUUUACAUUUUUUUUUUUUUCAAUUUUUUUGUUAUCACCUGUGAUUAUCUGUUUUAUAUUUAUUUCAUUUACAAGUUGUUGUAUAGUUAAGUGUAACUAGACUUCUAUGGGACGUAAAUUAUUGUUUUGUAUACAGAUCUGUACAAAGCGUGUAGAUGUAAACACUUGAUUAAAAAGGAGAUCUCAACUGUGUUGUUGUGGAUGUACUUCAGCGUAUUUGUUAAAAAAGAUAAUAAAGCAAAGUAUUUUA